AUGUCAAAUAACAUUGACCAGCAUUCGAGUAUCCCCAUUAUUGAUCUCGCACCAGCUCAUUCUGGUUCAGAUAAGGAUGUCCAAAAUGUGGCCAAAGAACUAUACGAGGCGUUCAAAAAUGUUGGCUUUGCGUAUGUGAAGAACCAUGGUGUGCCCCAGGAUGUUGUCGAUGAAGCAUUUAAUUGGAGUCGCAAAUUCUUCAGCCUCCCGCAGAGCGACAAAGAUCUAGCUCCUCACCCACAAGAGGCAUGGCACCAACGCGGCUACUCAAGUGUGGGUCGUGAAAAGUUGUCACAGAUGGUCUUUGACGAGGCGUCGCUCGCGGCGGCACGAAAUGUACCCGAUGUGAAGGAAUCAUUUGACAUGGGGCGUGGGGACGACGGUGCGCCUAUGGCGAAUGUAUGGCCGCCACGAGAAAUCCUUCCUGGAUUUCAGGAAUUCCUCGAGAGAUUCUAUGAGGUUUGCUAUGCUGCUGAAGUGGAGAUGCUGAGGCUCGUUGCGCUGGGGAUGGGGCUUGAUAAAGAGUAUUUCGUGGAGUAUCAUAUGAACAAGGAUAACCAGAUUCGGCUGCUGCAUUAUCCGACCAUCGAAGAGCAUCUUCUGCGGCAGGGCAAAGCGGAGAGGAUAGCUGCGCAUACGGAUUUCGGCACGAUGUCGAUGCUGUUCCAGGAUGAUGUUGGGGGGCUUGAGGUAGAGGAUGUCAGUGAGAAGGGGAGGUUUAAUCCUGUGCCGUACAUACCCGGCACAGCGGUGGUGAAUAUUGGGGACUUUUUGAUGCGCUGGAGUAAUGAUGAGCUGAAGUCGACGAUGCAUCGGGUCAAGGCUCCGCCGUUGGUGAGGGAUGGGGGAGAUAUCCCAAAGGAUAGGAUGACGAAGGCGAGGUAUUCGAUUGUGUAUUUUAUGUGCGCGGAUGUGGAGAAGACGGUGGAUUGUGUGCCCGUCUGUUGGGGACCUGGGAGACCGAAGAAGUACGAGCCAGUGAACUCUAUGGAGUAUGUGAAUAUGCGGAUGGAGGCUCUGUAUUAG